UGAAAAAAUAAUUGGCAGCUGUAAUUUGAGCGGCUCUGAAGCAGUGUGAAAAUUGUGUGUGUAAAAUAACAUGGUGCCGAAAGCAAACUCAUUACAUUUAUAAUGUAGAAAACGGUUUUAUGGUGCUGAAGUUAUAAAAAAACAUUGAAAAUUGUCGAUAUACAAAAUUAGUUAAUGGUAUAUAUCAAGCAUUUCAUACACAUUUCGCCUUGCCUUAAAAAACGCUUUGAUGGAAAUACAAUAAAGUGAAAUGUCUGAAAGAGGAGAAUGAUUCUCCGGUUGCAACGAUUGCCAUUUCGCCCAAUUUAUUUAAUUUUAUUUAUGCUCCAAAUUCUUCGGUAUGAAAGAGAGCUACCAGAUGUUCACAAUAAUUGUAGAACGGAAUUGCCGAAAGAGAAAGUCAGUUAAAAAGUAGUAUGUUUGUUAACGUAUCAGUCUAUUUCUUAAAUAGUACAAUGAACAACCUGAAAACAACUCCCCGCUAUUGCUUAUACCUUUAAUAGAAAAUAGUUCCAAUUCGUUGAAAAUAUAAUGUUUAGCGUUUUUAUAUUACUCCGCUAACAUUUUAUUCGUGAUCUUGGUUAAAAAAAAUCGAAAAGGUAUAACGUGCUGGAUAUAUAAGUACAUUAGUUGAAAUUUUUUUUAGUUGUGUUAGGGUAUUUUCUGAAGUUUUUUUUCCCUAAAAUAUAUAUAUAUCGAUAACGGACCUGAAAUCUUUCUAUUUGCUAACUUUUUCGCUCAUCUGGUAGCAUUCUGUUUCGCACACGACACCGAACGACUGCUACGAAUUUAUCCAACCAUAGAAGACGGUACGGAAUAAUCUUUAAUUAUUUGGUUCAAAAAUAUGUUAUUAACCCCAAAAUCAUGAAGAAAUCAUAAUAUAAAAUGUGUUAAAUAUAAUGAAUAGAAAUUGUGGCAAAAAAUGGUGAAAAUUUGUUGAAAUAGUGAAAAUAAGGUCGCCUUACAGAUGUGAACGAGAAAAAAUAUUCAGACGAAAAAAGAGCUGCGAAAUACUACCGUAAGCAGAUGAGAGCCGUAUGCGGCAAGUGUGGUGUGUGAGCAGGAGGGCAAAAACGAGAAAUGAAGUAAAUGGAGAAAUCGUCUGGAUAGAAAAGAAAAACAAAAAAGUUUAAAUACAAGCAUUUCAAGAUGUCGUAAUUAAUUAAGAAAUGGAAGCAGCAUCAGAAGUUAAUUAAUCCGACAACAAUUAGUUUAACAACUUUGUAAAAUAGAUUUGUAUAAUAAUCAACGCAUCAGUUACAUUCAUAUUAAUCUUAAUACCCAACAGUGCACAAUAAGCUUUACACUACCAAAAACAAAACAAACCAAAAAAUAAAAAACCUAAUAAUAAUUACUAUAACUAGUACGAUAAGCAGCAUAAGAAAAGAUGACCGAAAAAGAAAUGCAAGCACACGAUAUGGUGAGGCGGCGCAACUGGUCGCGUGCCGUUUCGCUCUACGACCAAAUCUUAGAGCAAAUCACUGCAGCUGUUACCGCCACCGCUAUUGUCUCCGCCAACAGUAAUAAUAAUACAGCAUUGGCGCGUUCACAAAAAGAUCGACAAAUCGCUUGCCUUUUGGGCCGCUGCGAAUGCAUGUUGGAGCUGAGCCGCUAUGAGCAAUGUCUUGCUGAUGCGCGUAAAGUAUUGGCGCUGCUGGGCGAUCAGUCUGCAGAUUGUCUGGCAAGUGUAUCACGUGCGCGCCGUUGGCUCGUGCAUGCGCUAUGCAAGCUGAAAAAAUAUACUGAAGCUGAGCAGCUGCUGCGCGAGUGGAUUGGCGAACUGAAUGGUCAUCAAAGUUUUUUAGACAUUUCCAAAACAUUGGAACGUUACAAAUCCAUCAUACAAAUGAUAAAUGGGCACAAGUCCACACAGAAGAUCUCACAGUCACGGCUUGAAGACGAAAUGUCCAUAUUGGACACCAAACUCGACCAUUGGGCUACCAAUAAUCUGCCGUUGGACAAAUACAGCAAAUUGCUGAGCAACAAGGGACUGAAGAAGACACGCGAAGGCGUUAGCGAACGUGGCGGUGGCGAUGGACGCGGUAAUAGCAACAAUAGCGCUUGCAAUAAUGUUGGUCCCGGGCAACAUAACGGCUCUAUUGGUAGCGGUGGUGGCAGCAGUAGUAUAAGUAGUAGCAGCAGUAGUGGAAGUGGCAGUUCCACAACAAUAUUGCCAAAGACAACCGAUUUGUUGGCCGCGAUAAAGGUAACGGGCGGCAAGCAUGGCAUGUCAACUGUUGGUGGUGCCGUCGAAGACAAUGACAAUUCCACCUACUGUUCCUACUGUGCGAUUAGUUUUGAGACGCGUAACGAGUUGCGACAACAUUGCCAGACUGAAAGUCAUCAAAAUGUUAUUAUGUCGUAUGAGGGACGCGACUGGAAGUGGAGGCCACCACCUCGCGGCUUCACUUUGGAUUCGUAUACCUUGUGUGAGGCAUACCAGGAAUCACAGUCAUGCCACUAUGGCAACCAAUGCGUUGAGGCGCACGGACAAGACGAGCUAAACGAGUGGAAAGAACGUUUCGAAUAUCGACGUAUGCGCCUGCAAAAGGCCAGCGAAAAGGAGCUCUACGGCAAAUCGUACACCGAACAAAUAUUAGAUCGUUGGAUACAAGCGACAGCACCCGAGCGCAUAAUGUGCGAAAAAGUGGAUGGCGUUGAGGUGCGUUGCGAGCAAGAGCUAGUGACAAGCAUUAGUUCGAAGAGCUCUAAACGUGAGUGGAUUUUCGUGCUGAAGUCGACACGUGUGUUACGUGCCGUUGCGCUGUUGCAAGAUGCGCACCGCAAUCACUAUGCCAUCACCGGCAUUAAAGUGGAUGGCACAGCGCCCAUUUACGAUCUUAAAUCCAAUCAAGAAUGGGUCUCAAACACUUACAAAGUGUCAUCAAUUGAGAAAGACGCUACGAAGACAUCAACAAGUGAGUUCAACGAUACAACGCUGUCAUCGGCGCUUACCAACUUGUCAACGGAUGCGCCAGCGCCAAUUUUGGAACAUAAAGUGACGUUAGAAUUUCACACAGACAUUUAUGGCACCUUCCGGCAAACAGUAUGCUUUGAUUUGGGCGCCGAACCGUUGCUGGUGCAGCAGCUUUGUGUCGAUGUAGUGCCGGUUGGUGAUGCCGAGCGCAUUGAGGAGAUCAAACGUGACAUUAUUAACAGUUCGGUGACGCGUUGGGAUGUUUCCAAUACGAAUUUAGUGAAAUUCGAGACCACCAUUGGUACACACCUGAAGACUGAAGCCUAUCUAAACGAUCUGAAGCACGAAAAAGAGAUGCUCGAACGGUAUCCUUGCCCGCGUGCGCAAACCUUCACACUAACACAAUCGACGAUUGUCGAGAAACGUCUAACGCAACAUAAUUACCGUUCACGCAUACACGAAUUACUGUAUGUGGAGGAGAUAGCACGUUACGAACAAAUCGCACGCUACAAUGUGCGCACCAAAUUGACUGUAACAUCUAACUAUAUACUGACACCGGCUGGUAUGGCAACCAGUACGGCGAAAUUCUCGUUAACAGGCGAAUUAUUCGCCUUAAUGCGUCUCGGCAAGGCCAUUUCCGAAGACACUUCAGCUGGACGUUUGAUACUUUCGAAUUGCUCCAGCGUUUACAUUAGCGCACCGGAGGAAUUGCACGCCUUAAAGGAACGCAAACGUAAUGUCUACGAGGCCACCAUUGAGGAUAAGGGCAAAAAUGUAAUUUAUCUUAAAUUAUCUGCUAAAUGUGUGGAAGGCAUGAAUUUGAAGGCUGAUACCGAAAUCGAAGUCGACAUACAAUUUCAAUUGAAUCGCUUACCAUAUUGUGAAUGGCAUAAUGCAGUUGAUAAAAUAACCGAUUUCAAAAUCAUUUUUCCUGCCACCGAAAUCGAACCGAAUAUUCCAUGGACACCGAAAAAACAAUGGUCCGACGCGUGUGAGCCGAAAUUGAAUGCAAAGCAACGCGAGGCGGUGAAUGCUAUCACCACUUCGCUGGGUAUUAAAUUACCGCCCAUUCUAUUGAUUGGUCCUUUCGGUACGGGUAAAACAUAUACGCUGGCGCAAGCGAUUAAACAUCUCUUGACACAGCCUGAAGCGAAGAUUUUAAUUUGUACACAUUCGAAUUCUGCCGCCGAUUUGUAUAUCAAGGAGUAUCUACAUCCGUGGAUUGAGCAGGGUCUGGAGGAGGCAACACCAUUGCGUGUAUACUACCACAAACGUUGGGUGGCUACGGUGAACAGUGUCGUGCAGAAGUACUGUAUAACUGACGGCGCUGGAAAUUUCCGUCGACCCACCGUCGAAGACAUCAAAAAACAUCGAAUUGUUGUGGUAACUCUAAGUAUAUCGAUGGAAUUAGCCAAUCUCGGUCUACCCAAAGGAUAUUUCACUCACAUCUUUCUUGACGAAGCCGCACAGGCUAUGGAAUGUGAGGCAAUAAUGCCGCUGGCGCUAGCUAAUGACAGCACGCGCAUUGUACUGGCCGGUGAUCACAUGCAAAUGAGUCCCGAACUCUUCUCCGCCUUUGCAAAAGAACGCAAAUUGCACAUUUCGUUGCUGGAACGACUGUACGAUCAUUAUCCUUCGAAUUUUCCGUGUAAAAUAUUGCUUUGCGAAAACUAUCGCGCACAUGAAGCGAUCAUAAAAUUCACUUCAGAAUUAUUUUAUGAGCAAAAAUUAAUUGCUUCCGGCAAGCAACCGCGUCACGAGCGUUUCUAUCCGCUCACAUUUUUCACCACGCGUGGUGAAGAUGUGCAGGAUAAGAAUUCCACCGCAUUUUACAACAACGCCGAGGUGUACGAGGUAGUAGAACGGGUUUCCGAGUUACGACGUAAGUGGCCCGUUGCUUGGGGCAAGGUGAAUGAUGCCAGCAUCGGCAUAAUGACACCCUAUGCCGAUCAAGUGUUUCGCAUACGGUCGGAGUUGCGCAAGCGGCGCAUGGGUGGCAUCUCAGUGGAACGUGUGCUGAAUGUGCAGGGCAAACAAUUUCGCGCUGUCUUCCUCUCCACCGUACGCACGCGCGCCACAUGCUUGCCACAAAUGAUAAACGCUAUGAUGGGACAGGGUGGUAUGCAUCCAGGAAUGGGUGGUAUGGGCGCAUUGCCUGCGGAGGAUGCCGAUUACGGUUUCUUGAGCAACUCCAAGCUGUUGAACACGGCAAUUACACGCGCGCAGAGCUUGGUCGCCGUCGUUGGUGAUCCAGUGGCGCUUUGUUCUAUCGGUCGUUGUCGCAAGGUGUGGGAGCGCUUCAUCGAAAUAUGUGACGAGAACAAAUCCUUAUUCGGCAUAAAAUGGUCAUACAUGCGUUCGCAAUUGGAUGUUGUGGAGCUAAAGCGUGGUUAUGUGCUAAAUCCAUUGGCGCCCGAAUUCAUACCGCGCGCCAUGCAACCGGAAGCGUAUUUGCGCGACCAAACAGCUAUGUACUUGAUGGGCGCUGCAGGCGCCAAUGUCAGUAAUCAUCACGGUGGACCGCAUCCCGGCGCUGGCCCACAUCAUACCGGCGGUCCAUUGCCGCCACACGCUGCCGGCAUGUUGGCCGCUGCUGCCGCAGUAGGAGGCGGCGGCGGACCAGGUGGUGCACCAAUGCAACCACAUCAUGCCGCGAUGGCGGCUGCUGCUAAUCAUCAACAACAAAUGCAAAUGCAGAUGUACGCGCAGCAUCCAGCCGCCGCAGCCGCUUACAAUGCAGCCGCCGCAGCUGCGGCUAUGAUGAAUCAGAACAUGGUAUCCGGCAAAGGUGGUGCUAGUGGGCAUCACUUCCCUGGACCAACACAUGGGCCAAAUCACAUGAAUAUGCGCGCUUUAGGACCGCAUCAACCGGGCGGACCGCAACAGCAGCCAGGACCACCACCACCAGGACCGCUGGGACAACAAUAUAACAUGCGCGGACCGCCGCCGCCACCUUCCGCUGUACAUUUGAAUCAGCCGCCGCCACCAGGCACGGGCGGUGCACCAUCACAAUUCGCCGCACAGUACAUGCCAUGGCAACAAGCGCAGCAGCAAUUGCGCGGCGGACCACCAGGUAGCGGUGGUGCUGGCGGCAACUAUCCACCACCAGGCGCACAGGGACCACAAUCGCAGAAUCCGAACGCCAGUCUUUGGGGACCACCGCCGCAAUCGAAUCCAUGGAGCGCGCUGCCAAACAAGCAACAGCAAAUGCCACCGCAACCGCCACCGAACAGUGUUAGCGGCGGCGGUGGCGUAAGGCAAAUGGGCCCACCGCCACCAAACGCGCAACAACAAACAGCGGUUGGUAUGCGCGGUGGUAGUGUACCGCUGCAGCCACCGCCGCCGAAUGCGCAACAGCUGCGCGCCAACUCGAAUGAUAUGGGCUAUUUAGCGAAAAAGGCUUACGGACCGCAUGCCGCGCCGGGCGGACCACAACAACAGCCGCCACUACCACAUGGCACUUUUGGCGCGUACGUAGGCAAUAAUGCACCACCGCCACCGCCCAAUCAACUGCAAUUGUUGAAUCAACGUAAUCUGGGUGGUGGCAUGCCGAACGGACCCAUCAGUCCACUCGAUCCAUAUAUGCAGCGUGCGCAGGGCGGCACUGGCCAGGCGGGAGCGCCGCAAUCAGCAAACAACUUCUUUGGUGGUGGCGGCGGGGUGAAUAAUAUAUCAGCGCUGAGUAAGGAGAACAAAGACUUCCAGUUUCUCAACAAUGUGCAUAUGCCGCCUCUGAAUUUAGGCUGCAGCGGUGGAGGAGGCGGCAGUGGUGGCGCGAAUAAUCUUUUCCAACCACCUGGCGCGUUGCAGCCACCAGCACCAGGCAACAACAAACAGCAGUCACCGUCAGCGCAACGUUUUCCACAACCGCAAGAGUAUGCCGCACUACUGCCACCCAAUAUGACCAUCUAUGACAUGGCCUUCGAGCCGAAGGACUCGCAAUACAAGUGGUGUCUGAAGCUGCUCGAAACACACGGUCAAGAAGCGGUGAACAAAUUUACCGAAGGUCUCGGCCAAGUGCUUAACAUGCUGAACCAACAACAACAUGCCCAACAGAUGAACGCGCGUGGUCCGCAAAUGCAAGCGCCACCACCACCGCCGCAUCUCAACAUCAAUCAGUUGCUGCCGCGCGAUCUGAUGCAGCAAUAUAUGCUGCCCGCUUUGAUGGGAGGCGGCAACGCGGGUGUGGGACCACAACCACCAAUGCAACAGCAACAACAGCAGCAGCAGCGCAACAGCCUGAUAGGCGGCGGCAUGCAUCACUCAUAUCCGAUGAAUCCCUUGGCCGCCUUGGGUAAUCAACAAGGACCACAACAGCCGCCACCACCACCAUCUCUUUUGCCACCGCCCACAGACGAAACGCCGCCAUUGGAUGGCAUCAACUUUAACCAACAAAUCGAUUUGGCUUUCAACACUUUGUUGAAUGGCAGCAAUGCUCAGCCAAUAUUGCGCAAUCUCUUCAGCAACACGGGCAACCGUGGCGCAAAUAGCAACAGUCUGAUGAAUGGCGGCGAUUUUCUGCUUGCGUCCAGCACUUCGGCAUCGUCUUUGGUCAGCACGAGCACAUCGGCGUCUGGUGGUUUGGGAGGUCAUGAGUCGUUGCCGCCGCAACAGCAAAUGAAAUUAUUCCCGGGCUUAGGUGGAGGUGGUGGCGCCGGCGGCGGCCCUGGUGAUUUGGGUAGUGGAAAUAUUUUAGUUUCGGCCUUGCAACAGCCGCUAUUGAAUAACAUGCAAAAGGGACCGAUGUUUGCGCCAAUGCAACACCAGCAACAGCAACAGCCACAACAUAUGCUCAGUCAACCGCCGGCACAGCAGCAACAGCCACCGGUUGGUGGUAGUUUCUUAGGCGGAAAUUCCUUAUUGAAUAGCAAAGAUUACUUGCUAGGCGGUGAUGACAGCAUACUCAGUGGCGGCUCUAGCGUGCCACUCUAUCGACGUCAAGCGAUGGGAAACGGCAGUUUGAGCAACAGCAUCAGUGCUAGCGGUCAAAACCACAGCCACAGCAGCAGUCACAAUAACAGCUACAAUAAUGUGGGCGCACAUACAGUGACGGUCGGCGGCAGUAAUAACAGCGGACAUUUAUUGCCACCACCUGACAACAUACUCACAGGUGGCACCACUGACAUACUGGCCGGUCUGAAUACGAGCGCAAGCAACCUGAUCGAAGCGCUGUUCCAGACGAAUGCAACAACAAGCUCGGCGCCCACCACCUCAAUGCCGAAUAAUACAAUUACAACGAGCACCGGUUUGGAGCAGCAACAUCAACCACAACCGACACAACAGCAAACUGCCGGCGGCAAUAACAACACCAGUUCAUUUCAGAAAAUGUUUAACAGUUAUGACAUUUACGGCUCGUCGGCAGCGACCGCGAAAAAAUACGAAUUGGAUUUGUUUAUGCGCGACCAUCAGCUGGGAGGCGGCGGUGGUGCUGGUGGUAUGGGUAGUGUUGGCGCUGGUGCUGGCAAUGUGGGUGGCGGUAAUAGUGGUGCUAAUGAUGCACCGCUUACGAAUAAUCAUCAGGCGCAUUAUCACAACAACAACGCCGAUAGUCGCAACAACACCACUUAUGCAGCUGUGCUUAGUCAAGGCCAACAUCAUCAACAACAACAACAACAGCAGCAUCAACAACAACAACAACAACAACAUCAGCAGCAACAACACCACCAACAGCAGCAGCAGCAUCAUCACCAACAACAGCAACAGCAACAUCACGCCAUACAGCAACAACAACAACACAAUAAUUUUCAUCAUCAUCAUCCAAGCGGUCAUCACGUCGAACCGCCCACAAGCGCAGCACCAGGUAGCGGCCUUGGCGGCGCUGGUACUGGCAGUGCUAAUGCUAGUGGUGGUGGCGGUGGUGGUGUUGAAGUGGAGAAGGACCUCUUUGCCGCCAUACGUGAGCUGGGUCAAGGCACAAAUGGAUUCUAUAAUUAUUUCCAAUAAGUUUUGCUGCUGUCAUAGUCUUACCUUCCUUCGGUAUGUGUUGGCAGUGUGGUGAAUUUCUUUCUACUUUUGUGUGGCUUGUUUGUGUGUGUGUGAUGUUAACGCCGUAAGCGUUAUUCGUUGCACAGCAUAGACGACGGCGUAAUGAUGUAAUAGUGUUGUGGGCGCGUUGCGUGUUGUGCGAAAAAUAAUCGCGGGCAGUCAGUGCGUGCGUUGGUGGGUUAAAAAUAUACAAACGCCGUGCUCUAGUGCGUGGUGAUGACAAUUAACAACAUUGCAGUUACAUUUAACGUUAAUGAGUUAUUGUGCUUUUAUUUGCAUGUGGUACAUCCAAAAAUCGCCAUCUUAGCUAACAUUCAGCGGUUAACGUUGACUACAGGCGCUUGUGGUAUUUAAAAUAAUUGCAAAAAAACGGAAUGUGACUUUGGUAUUUUGUUGUAAAUAUGAUUACUCGGACUUCUUUUUUAGUAAAUAUGAUACUUUCAAAAUUCGAAAUAUUUUUGUUAACCAGAAAUAUAAUGCUCUUGCUAACUUGCCUGUAAAUGUACAACAAGAUUUAAAACACAUUUAGAUUUCAUUUUUUGUCAAAUUAGUACUUUUCAGACACCUAAACUCAAACUAUUUUUAUUAGCAACUUAUAGGUAUAAAGCUCUUAACCCCUUUCCUUUAAAAAAAAAAAGACAACAUUUAUUACACAUAUUGUAAAUUUCAGUUUUAAUUUUUACCAAAUUAGCAUUUCACUGGCACCUAACCUCAAAAAAAUUCAGUUAACUGAAAAUAUAAAAUUCUUCCCGCCUUCUCUGUAACUACAAUUAUUGCAGCUUUAUAUUUUAUGUUUGCCAAACUAACAUUUUACUGGCACUUAAACGAAAAUUUUUAUUUAAUCACAAAUAGAAAGCUCUUAACACCUUCUCUAUAAAUGUAAUACAAAAACGUUUAUUGCACUUUAUCUGCACUUAAGAUUUUAUCAUUUUUGAGAAACCUAACCUCAAAAUGUUUCCGUUUACCCAAAGAAAUUUGAUAGCAUAAAAAAUAUUACCUCGAAUAUCAUUGUAGCUGUUCGAUCAAUCGAUUCUUUUUUUUUUUGUUUUUUGUUUUUUUUUUUCCAAAUUUUGCUCAAGGAACUGUUUUUUCGUAGUUGCUAUUUUGAAGAUUUAAAUUUUUUCUAUGCUUGCUUUAGGCCACUUGCACCAUAUCAACCUGUCUCAUAACAUUCUCUGAAAAAAAAAAUUUUAAUUUCUCAAGAAAAAACUAAAUUUCAUUGUCUCGCUUGCAUUCAUCUUCGUUUUUUUAUACUUAACCAUGUCACUCAUGUCAUCACCACCUCACCGCCCUCAUGGUCCUUCACUUUUGCAUAAGCACCUGUCUUCCCGCCUUUUCACACCAGUUUUGCUAUAAUCUUGUAUAUUUAAUUUUUUUUUUAUUAUUAUCAUUAAUUUUAAGUUUAGUUUGUCGCUUUUUAAAGAACGCGAGUAUUAAGUUAUUCCUUAAUUUAAUUGUAAAGAAAGCCAAUAUUAGCGUAGAAAACGUGAAAUUGUUCGGAAGACAUAUUUCUAUAAAUGUGUGCGUGUAAAAAUAUAUAGACUUUUUUUUUAACUUUUUUGAAUGAUUGAGUUUUUAAGUACAUUUCGAAAGUGACUGUACGCAAAUACAUAGUACUGUUAACUCGGUGGCGCACAGCAUCAGACAGGCCAUCACUUGGCGCAACGCACUGACGCCUUCGGCAUGUUGCAAACACACACCCCGGACGCGCCCAUUUAUUUACAUAUAAAUAUAUAAAUAAUAAUGCCUAGUUUAUAGUUUAAAAUAUUAUAUAUAUAUAAAUAUAUACAUUAUAUACUUGAAUGAAUAAUAAUAAUAAUAACAAAAAAAAAAAUUAAAAAAGUGAAAACAUUGAGAAAAUUGAAGUUGUAGCAAAAGCAUGCAAUUGUUUCGGAGCUGAGCGCUUCGCGUUGCAGUGAAGAAAGUUAGUCAGAGGCUCUGUAGCCUUUUGCGCUGCUCUUCUUCGCAACGCGAUCCACUUAUGCGUAUUCGCGGCAAUGCAUGUUGACUUAUAUAUAAUGAUAUAUUCAUGUGUAUAUAUACGUGCAUAUAUAUAUAUUGAUGUAUUUAUAACUUAAUAAUUCAUCUGAAAUAUACAUAGUAGAUAUAAUAGCGUAUAUAUGUGUAUGUAUUAUAUGUGCGAUAAUUAAGUAAAUAUUUACAUUAAUUGAAUGCGUUGCGAGCAUGCAAACACAUGUGCUUACAUAUGUACGUAUGUAAGUCUGUCUUGUUAAAACGUAGGCGUAUGGGCGUUACAAUCUGAAAGGCGUUGUGCGCUGAUUAGUAGAAGGUAGCGCAAGGCUGCGUCAGCGGCGGGGUUGACACUAUAAUUAGUAAAAUAGUCAAAGCGAAUUUGUAAAAUAGUCAAAGCGUGUUUUCAACUUAAAAAUUUUUGAUUUUUUGUUUUUUGUGUUAAUUUUUGAUUUUUCAAUAAUUCAAUUCAAUAAUUUUUAUUUUUUUUUUUUGCUUAUAAUAAAUUUAAAAGUUGCUUCACUUUUUUGUAAAUGCAAUAUGCUGAAAGAACAACAACUUUUUUUAUUAAAAGGCAUACAUAUAUUUUAGAAAAAACGUAAUUUAAUUAAAAAAAUAAUAAUUAAAAAAAAAUUAUUUAAAUGAAAAAACCAUAUAAUUUGAACAAAUUUUUAUCGCAUAAAAUGUAUACAAAAAAAUUUGCUAAAAUAUAUGGAGUUCUUACAUGAAAUCAAAUUUUUUAAUGAAUUAACUUUUAAAUUCAAUUAAUCUUUUAAAUUUAAUUAAUUUUUUAAAUUCAAUUAAUUUUUUUAAUUCAGUUAAUUUUUUAAAAUCAAUUAGUUUUUUUUAACUAAAUUAAGUUAUUUUGUUUGCUAUUGAACAUAGUAGUAUGCGAAUCUUAACGAAUGGAUUAUUUUAAUUGAAUACAUUUUUUGAAUUAAAUCAAGUUAAUAUUUUAAAUCAAUUUAAUAUAUUUUGUUUUCUUCAAAAGUAAUGUUUUUAUUUUUCAAAAAUUAAAUUUUUUUCCAAAAUUAAUAUGUGGAAUUAGUACAAAUAUCAUAAUUUUUUUAAGUUAAUGUUUUUUCUUAAAAAUUAAUUUUUUUUCUUCAAAAAUUAAUAUAUUUUCUUCAAAAAUUAAUAUAUUUUCUUCAAAAAUUAAUAUUUUUUCUUCAAAAAUUAAUAUUUUUUCUUCAAAAAUUAAUAUCUUUAUUUUCGAAAAUCAAUUGUUUUGUUUUUUAAAUUCAAUACUUUAUAAUUUUUUUUAAGUGAGACUUAAUUUUUUUUUGUUAUAAUUAAUUCUUUAUAAUUUUUUAUUUUUUUUGUCAAAAUUAAUACUUUAACUUUUGUUUUUGUUUAUAUACAUUAUUUUUUGCGCCUGUAAAGUAAUUUUAAUUCUAAUAUUUGUUUUUUUUUUUUAAUAUUUCUUACUGUAUUAAAUUUUUUUAUUACAUGUUUAAUAUAUUCCUUUAUGAUCUCAAGCAUAUGUAUAAACACAUUUUUUUUGAGUCCUUUAAGUUAAAUUUCACCCAACUACUAACCUCAAAUUUUAAUUAAAAUUAACUUUCUGAAAUAAAAUUAUGAAUCAACAAAUAUUUUAUAACCUCAAAAAACGUAAACUUCCUUGUACAGCAAACUUCUAAGUGCUUACCGACUUAACGCCGCACAUGCCUUGCCUACCAUUCUACGCGUCUAAUGCAAGGAGAACACUAAUUAAGUAAAGAAAUUGCAAAGAUCGUCCGAUUGUGCAUAAAAAUUGAAGAAAUAUGUAUUUAAUUUAUGAUUAAUUAAAUUUUUUUAAUGAAAA